AUAACGCGCCCCCUCCCGGGCUCUCGGGCCGCCUCCUCGUCGGCUCUUUCCGUCUCGCCCCCUCGCCCGGCCGCCCCGGGCCCGGGCCCGGCCAGGGAGCCCCCAGGCCGCGGCUCGGGGGCCACCCCCUCGCCCGCCGCCCCGCGCAGCCCGGCGGAGGCGGCGCCGUCGGAGGAGGAGGAGCAGGGCACUGCGGCUGGCCCCGGAUCGGGCGCUAGAGCGGCAGCGGCUUCGGCAGCAGCGGCGGCCCGGGCCGAUGCAGCGGGACGCACCGCCCCGAGCCCCAGCCCCGGCGCCCCGGCUCCCCGCGCCCCCGAUCGGGGCCGCCGCCAGCAGUGGCGGCGGCGGAGGCGGGGGCAGUGGCGGCGGCGGAGGCGCCUCUGCAGCUCCGGCUCCUCCUGGCCUCCCGGGAACUACAAGUCCCAGGGGGCCUGGCGGCGGGCGGCGGGCGGAAGAGGCGGGGUCGGCGCCGCGAGGCCGGAAGUGGCUGUGGAGGCGGAAGUGGCGCGGCCGCGGAGGGGCCUGGAGCACGGCGGCGGGACCCGGAGCGGGAGCGGCGGCGGCGGCGGCGGCUGGGGGCGGCGGCGGCGGCGGCGGUGCACUGGAGGCGGCCAUGGCAAAGCAGUACGACUCGGUGGAGUGCCCCUUUUGUGAUGAGGUGACCAAAUAUGAGAAGCUCGCUAAGAUCGGCCAAGGCACCUUCGGGGAGGUAUUUAAGGCAAAGCACCGUAAGACCGGCAAAAAGGUGGCUCUGAAGAAAGUGCUGAUGGAGAACGAGAAGGAGGGGUUCCCCAUCACAGCCCUGCGGGAAAUCAAGAUCCUCCAGCUUCUAAAACACGAGAACGUGGUUAACUUGAUUGAGAUCUGUCGAACCAAAGCUUCCCCCUAUAACCGUUGCAAGGGCAGCAUAUACCUAGUGUUUGACUUCUGCGAGCAUGACCUUGCGGGGCUGCUGAGCAACGUCUUAGUCAAGUUCACGCUGUCCGAGAUCAAGAAGGUCAUGCAGAUGCUGCUCAACGGCCUCUACUACAUCCACAGAAACAAGAUCCUGCACAGGGACAUGAAGGCGGCUAACGUGCUCAUCACCCGCGACGGGGUCCUGAAGCUGGCAGACUUCGGGCUGGCCCGGGCCUUCAGCCUGGCAAAGAACAGCCAGCCCAACCGCUAUACCAACCGUGUGGUGACGCUCUGGUACCGGCCCCCGGAGCUGUUGCUCGGGGAGCGGGACUACGGCCCCCCCAUUGACCUCUGGGGUGCCGGGUGCAUCAUGGCGGAGAUGUGGACCCGCAGCCCUAUCAUGCAGGGCAACACCGAGCAGCACCAGCUUGCCCUCAUCAGCCAGCUCUGUGGCUCCAUCACCCCUGAGGUGUGGCCAAACGUGGACAAGUACGAGCUGUUUGAGAAACUGGACCUGGUCAAGGGCCAGAAGCGGAAGGUGAAGGACAGGCUGAAGGCCUAUGUGCGUGACCCCUACGCGCUGGACCUCAUCGACAAGUUGCUGGUGCUGGAUCCCGCACAGCGCAUCGACAGUGACGACGCCCUCAACCACGACUUCUUCUGGUCUGACCCCAUGCCCUCGGAUCUCAAGGGCAUGCUCUCCACCCACCUGACGUCCAUGUUCGAGUACCUGGCGCCGCCGCGCCGGAAGGGCAGCCAGAUCACCCAGCAGUCCGCCAACCAGAGCCGCAAUCCCGCCACCACCAACCAGACGGAGUUCGAGCGCGUGUUCUGAGGGCCGGCUGUCGGCGCUUUGCAUUAGGGCAGUUUUAUUUCUUCUCCUGCUGUGUGACUUGCGUUGUGGAGGUUAUGGGGCAUUUGAGUUUUCCCUAGUGCGUUAUUUUAUUUGAUCCCCACCCUGGGCACUGGGAACGCCAGCUGAGUGGACUGGAGGAAAGCUUUGGCUGAAAGCCCAGGAGGGCACUGGGGCUGCCCCCCCUGGUUCCCUGGCUUUCGAGAUGAUGACCAGAGGGUCUCCGUUUACUUUCAGACAGGAAUGGGGUGGGAGGAGAGGCACACCCCACCAGUGACUUUGUAAGCGUUCCCAGCGUGACCGGAGCAGGGGACAGGCCCCUGGCCUCUCGUCAGCCCGCCUCUCGAGAUGAGAAACUUGCGUGGGGGAUGGAACCAGCCUCGGGAAUGGGCUGGUCUUGGCCCAGCCCUCGGAAGCGCUGGGGCUGGCAAAAACUUGGUUUCUUCAAUAGAAAAUUUUAUCGUGUUUCUUUUGUUCAGUUGUUUGGAGACAUUCCUGGACACAGUUUGGUCAGUUACGAUUAAAGUUGACUCUUUUUUUUUUUUUUUUUCACCCCCCACUAA